GCGCAGGCCCGGCUGUCCCGCCAGCCCCGGGCGCGGCUCCGAGCGGGGCCCGCCCUGCCGGGACAGCCCUGCCGGGCACCGGGGCGUUGCUCCGUUUGGAAGCUCGCAGGAAGCGCUGUCAUUUCCGAGGCUUUCACCUGGGACUGGCACUGAAGCGGCUCCGAAGGGCGGCGGCGGCGCCGAAACUGACACUGAGCCGUGCGGGGCCGGCUCUGAGCCUUGCCCUGGCUCCCGCCGUGUGCUGUACUCGUUACGUGCAAGUUAAAAUCCAAUGUGUCGGCCAAUGUCCCUGGAAGCUCAAACAUGGCUGCUGGCAGCAACCGCCGGCUUCAGCAAACUCAGCACCAAGUAGAUGAGGUUGUUGACAUCAUGAGGGUGAACGUGGACAAGGUCCUGGAGCGGGAUCAGAAGCUGUCAGAGCUGGAUGACCGAGCUGAUGCCCUGCAAGCUGGGGCUUCCCAGUUCGAGACCAGCGCGGCCAAGCUGAAGAGGAAGUACUGGUGGAAGAACUGCAAGCUGUUGCCAAAAGUUGGAAUCAUCUUUGAUGUGGGCAAUAUUGAUAGGUGUUGUUGUCAUUAUCAUCAUCAUCAUUAUUGUCUGGAGUGCGUAUUCAUGAAUUACCAGAAGAAACUCAAUUCAACUGAAGGUGCCUUUGAGAAUCUUCUUCAGCCUCUCCACUUCAAACCUGCUGCCUUCUCAGCCCGUUUACUGCUGUUUAAAGCAAACCUAUUUUGAUUAUCGAGACGUUAACUAACUUUCCUGGUCGCCUUAAGACACUCCUGUCAUUAAUUACUAACCAGCAGAGCUCACCGCUCGCACGGUGCCUCCAUGGCCGGGCCCGGGCCCCGCCCCCUCGGCCCCGCCCCUCGCCCGACCACGCCCAGAGGCGUGGCCGGCGCCGCACGUGGCGGCGGGGCAUGCGCGCGCACGGGGGCCGCGUGCGGCGCCGCGUGAGGGGCGGGGCGGCGCCUCCGCCCGCGCGGGCCCCGCCCCCGGCGCGCGUUUUCCUCCAAUAAAGCGGCUCCGACUCCG